AUGAUUCCUGGUACUUAUAAAUUAAAACUUGUUGAUGGGACAGUGAAGGAUUAUCCAUUGGCAUGUGUGAGUAUUGAGUCGGAUUACAUUGUCGGUAAAUAUGUCGUAGCUUGCUUUAAAGAUCCGGUUGCAGAUUUAAUUCUUGGGAAUGUUGACAGUAAUGUGAGUCGUGAGUUUAAUUGCUCAGCAGUAACUAGGUCAAUGACAAAUAAGGAGAUUGAGGGCGGCACUGUAAGUGAUUGUCGAGUAUUGGAAGAAUGUCGAGAUGUGCUAGGUACAAGCGAAGAAUUUUUAUGUGAACAGUUGAGUGAUCCGUCUUUAAAAGAUCUAUGGGAGCGACAUGUGGACAGUUGUGUAGAUAAUAAAAAGAAUGGAAGUGUGGAAUAUAAAGUGUUUGAUAGACUAUUGUACAGAGUGUUUAGGGGAAAGUUUGGUGAGGAAGAAAGACAGUUAGUUGUACCUUCAGCUAAGAGAGAAAUUGUGUUGAAAACCGCUCAUGAGAGUAUGUUGGCAGGACAUUUGUCAUUAAGAAAGACUAAAAGUAAAAUCUACAAAUAUUUUUUCUGGCAAGGUUUAGAUAGAGACAUAAAAGAGUUUGUGAGGUCGUGUGAUAUUUGUCAGAAAGCUAGGAUGCCACGUCGUUGUGACAGAGUGGAGCUUGGCCAAAUGAAUGUUAUUACCACUCCGUUUUAUAAAGUUGCAACAGAUAUUAUUGGCCCAUUGGAGUUAACUGACAAUAAGAAUAGGUAUAUUUUGACAGUAGUAGAUGUUGCUACGAGAUGGCCUGAAGCGAUACCACUGAGAAAUAUAAACACAGAAACAGUUAUCGAAGCACUAACUAGUAUUUUUUGUAGAAUUGGGCUACCGACUGAAAUUUUAAGUGAUCAAGGCCCACAGUUUACUUCGGAAUUGUACAAUCAGGUCUGUAAUUUUUUCUCUGUCAAACCAGUGCAUUCUACCAUUUACCACCCGAGCUCUAAUGGGAUGGUUGAACGACUUAAUUCUUCUUUAAAAUCCUUUCUAAGGAAAGUGUGUCAGGAUAGCCCUUGUGAUUGGGACCGGAAAGUCAACGCAGCACUGUUCGCCUACCGAGAGGUUCCUAACGAAACAACGGGAAUGUCACCAUUUGAGCUUGUCUACGGAAGACAAAUGAGGGGCCCUUUGGCUAUCUUAAAGCAAGUGUUCGUAAAUAACGAAGAGGAAAAUGGGUACAAGAAUGUAUUCAGUUAUUUACUGGAUUUGAAGACAAGAUUAUCUGAGGUGACUGCUAUUGCUAAUUUCAACAGUAAGGCAAACAGAAAUAAAUACAAGAAACAAUAUGACAAAUACUCAUCGAGGCGUGAUAUAAAUGUGGGUGACUGUGUUUUAGUCCUCAAACCACACAGAGACAGUAAGCUGUCCGUGUUUUGGCAGGGCCCGUAUAAGGUUCUAAACAAGAUUUCCCAAUUUAAUUAUGUUAUCCAGAAAGAAAAUAUGACAAAGAUAUAUCAUAUAAACAGACUUAUGAAAUACCAUUGUAGGGUAAAGAAGGGAGAUAACCUAAUUGUUGUAGAUGAAAAUAGAAAUGAACUUUUGUCAGCUAAUAUGGUUUCAGUUGUAGGGGAGGAAGACGUUGCUGAGCAGGAUGAAUAUAAUGAUGAUAUGCUACCUAACAUUCCAACGCUAGAAAUUACGCAGAAAGAGAAGAUUCACGAGGAUGUCUUCACACAGGUCAAAAUUAACCCCAAUUUGAACCAUAUGCAAAAGAUGCAAGUAAAUGAAAUUUUAACAGAGUAUAGAGACAUUAUAUCCAAUGUUCCUGGCAGGGCCACAGUCGAAAAGUUUAAAAUUAAAUUGAUUGAUAAGAAGCCUAUAGCUCUGAAACCAUAUGCGGUGCCCAUUCAUAUGAAAGAGAAAGUGAAGCAAGAAAUCGACAACAUGUUAGAAUUGGGAAUUAUAGGGCCGACGGACUCCCCUUAUGCAGCGCCAGUUGUUAUAAUUAAGAAGAAAGAUGGCACACUCCGCCCUUGUAUAGAUUUUAGAAAAUUAAAUAAUAUUACUGAAAUACCUGCUGAGGUAAUUCCUGAACAAGAAGAUUUGUUUAACAUGUUGUAUAAAGCCAAGUACUUUACAUUGGUGGACCUAACAAAGGGUUACUGGCAAAUUCCGAUCAGUGAAACGAGCAAACCUUUUACAGCGUUUAGAGUUCUUGGGGAGCAUUAUAUGUUCCACUACUUACCCUUUGGGUUGAGCGGUGCUCCAAGUCAUUUUAAUAAGGUUGUUAAGAGUAUGCUAAGGGGAGUAGAAAAUGUAUUGUUCUACUUCGAUGACAUUUGUAUUUUCAGUGAAGACUGGGAAUCACACUCGAAGAGUGUCAGAAAUGUUUUUUGCGCUCUAAGAGAGAACGGCUUUACACUAAAACCAGAUAAACUUGAGGUGGGCUACACUAGUGUUAAAUUUCUGGGUCAUAAUGUGGGACAAAGAGUUAUCAAACCUGAUCCUAGCAAUGUAAAAAAGAUCAUGGAAUUUAAAACACCCACUACAAAGAAAGAAAUACGUAGUUUGAUUGGUCUGAUAAAUUAUUACAGCAAAUUUAUUCCGAGUUACGCGGAUUUAGUAUUCCCCUUUACAGAGUUACUACGUCGGGGCAAGUCUAUAAGAGUGGACUGGAACUAUGAGUGUGCGGAGGCAUUGAAUAGAGUGCAGACUUGUUUGAGUAAGUAUCCUAUUCUUCGUUUACCUGACCCUUCUCUAUCUUUUUUUCUUCAGACCGAUGCUUCAGAUAAAGGAAUUUCUGGUAUUCUCUGUCAGUGUAUCAAAGGUGUGUUACAUCCCAUAAAGUACGUAAGCCGUAAGUUGUUGCCUCGGGAGCAGAAGUACUCUAUUAUUGAACGGGAAGGAUUAGCCAUAGUAUAUUCUGUUAAGAAACUGGACAGGUAUUUAGCAGGUAAAACAUUUCACCUGCUGACUGAUCACAAGGCCUUAUCGUAUCUCAGGAGCACAAACUUUACAAAUGCACGUAUCACAAGAUGGGCAUUGAUGCUACAAGACUACUCCUUUGACGUUGCCCACGUAAAGGGAGAGCACAAUCUGCUGGCUGAUCUUUGUUCAAGAUUGAUAUAG